AUGGACGGCGUGCUUAUCCAAUCAGGACGAGCGAGGCUUCCUGACGGGGCGGGACUCACUGCACGGCCGUCCAAUGAGGCCGCAGGAGGGGCGUGGCGUGGUCAGAGUCGGGCGGAAAGUCGCACAAGGGGGCGCGGCCCGCGGCGCUUCAGGGAGUCCCGGGCCGCGCCCUGGCUGCUGCUGCUGCCGCUGCCGCUGCUGCUGCUGCUGCGGGGCCGGGCAGGAUCCGACCCAAUCCGGGGCGGCGGGCGGACGCAGGACAAUGGGCCGGUUCCGGGCGCGUCACGGAGGAGUUCCUUAAAGGGGAAGGAAGGGAAGGGAAGGGAGCGGCGGGGCGGAGCGGGCGGGCGGGCGGGAGCCUCGAGCCCACCUCGGGGUCGCCUCAGGGUCGCCUCAGCGUCGCCUCAGGUCCAGUCAGAGUCGCUUCAGCGUCGCCUUAGAAUCGCCUCAGACUCGCUUCAUGUCGCUUCAGAGUCGCCUCAGAUCGCCUCAGAAUCGCCUCAGAGUCGCCUCAGGUCCAGUCAGGGUCGCCUCAGCGUCGCCUCAGAUCGCUUCAGACUGCAGUCAGGGUCGCCUCAGAAUCUCCUCAGCUCGCUUGAGACACCUCAGGUCGCCUCAGAGUCGCCUCAGGUCCAGUCAGGGUCGCCUCAGGGUCGCUUCAGCUCGCCUCAGAGUCGCCUCAGAAUCGCCUCAGGUCGCCUCAGGUCCAGUCAGGGUCGCUUCAGCGUCGCCUCAGAAUCGCCUCAGAUCGCUCGAGUCACCUCAGAAUCGCCUCGGCGCGGUCGAGUCGCCUCAGGUGCCUGGAGUCGCCCCACUUCCCUUCAGCUCGCCUCAGAGUCGCCUCAGCUCGCUCGAGACAGACACCUCAGGUCGCCUCAGCAUCGCCUCAGCUCACCUCAGGGUCGCCUCAGCCUCGCCUCCGCUCGCUCGAGACCCCUCAGGCCGCCUCAGCGUCGCCGCCGCCGCCCCGAGGAUGCGCAGGGCGCCCCGCCGGCCAUGCCCUGGCGCGCGCUGGUGCUGGCGCUGCUGCUGCUGCGCCUCGGCCUGCACGCCGCGCUCUGGCUGGCGCUCGCGCUCGGCCCGGGGCUGGGCGUGGGGCCGCGCGCGCCCGAGCGCUUGAGCGCGGCUCCAUCACCGGCUCCAUCAUACCUGGCUCCAUCAUCCCCGGCUCCAUCGUCCCAGUCUCCAGCAUCCCCGGCGGCUCCAUCAUCCCCGACGGCUCCAGCAUCCCCGGCUCCAUCAUCAUCUCCCCGGACCCCCGGACCCACCCGCUGGGGCGCCGUGCCCGGGCGCGACGACGACUACGCGCGGCGCUUCAGCGGCCACUUCCCGCCGCAGCUGCGCGCCCGCCUGCGCGACCGGGCCCGCGGCAUGUUCGUCUUCGGCUACGACAGCUACAUGGCGCACGCCUUCCCGCAGGACGAGCUCAACCCCAUCCACUGCCGCGGCCGCGGGCCCGACCGCGGGGACCCUUCGAACCUGAACAUCAACGAUGUCCUCGGGAACUACUCCUUGACCCUCGUUGAUGCAUUGGACACACUGGCAAUCAUGGGAAAUUCCUCAGAGUUCCAGAAAGCCGUCAAGUUAGUGAUCGACACUGUUUCCUUCGACAGAGACUCCACCGUCCAGGUCUUCGAGGCCACGAUAAGGGUCCUGGGAAGCCUCCUGUCUGCCCACAGGAUAAUCACAGACGCCACGCAGCCCUUUGGAGACAUGACCAUCAAGGACUAUGACAAUGAGCUGCUGCACAUGGCCCAUGACUUGGCUGUGAGGCUCCUUCCGGCCUUUGAGAACACCAAGACCGGCAUUCCCUACCCUCGCGUGAAUCUCAAAAAUGGCGUACCCCCGGACAGCAACAAUGAGACGUGCACGGCGGGCGCCGGCUCCCUCCUGGUGGAGUUUGGGAUUCUUAGCCGCUUACUGGGGGACCCCACGUUCGAGUGGGUGGCCAGGAGAGCUGUGAAGGCCCUCUGGAGCCUCCGGAGCAACGACACAGGAUUGCUAGGCAAUGUGGUGAACAUCCAGACGGGCCACUGGGUGGGGAAGCAGAGCGGCCUGGGCGCCGGCCUGGACUCCUUCUACGAGUACCUGCUCAAGUCCUACAUCCUCUUCGGCGAGGAAGACGACCUCCACAUGUUCAACGCCGCCUACCGCAGCAUCCAGAGCUACCUGCGCCGGGGUCGGGAAGCCUGCAACGAGGGAGAAGGGGACCCCCCGCUGUACGUCAACGUGAACAUGUUCAGCGGGCAGCUGAUGAAUACGUGGAUUGACUCUCUGCAGGCCUUCUUCCCGGGACUGCAGGUCCUGAUGGGAGACGUGGAGGAUGCCAUCUGCCUCCACGCCUUCUACUACGCUAUCUGGAGGCGCUAUGGGGCCCUCCCCGAGCGCUACAACUGGCAGCUGCAGGCCCCUGACGUGCUCUUCUACCCGCUUCGGCCUGAGCUGGUGGAGUCCACCUAUCUGCUCUAUCAGGCCACUAAGAACCCCUUCUACCUCCAUGUGGGAAUGGAGAUUCUGCAGAGUCUGGAGAAGCACACAAGAGUCAAGUGCGGCUACGCCACGCUGCAUCAUGUCAUCGACAAGUCCAAGGAGGACCGGAUGGAGAGCUUCUUCCUCAGCGAGACCUGCAAGUACUUGUAUCUGCUAUUUGAUGAGGAGAAUCCAGUCCACAAGUCAGGGACCAGAUACAUGUUCACCACGGAGGGCCACGUCAUAUCCGUGGACGAGCAGCUGCGAGAGUCUCCCUGGAAGGAACUGUUCGCCGAGGGCGGUGGGCACGGUGUGGAGGGCAAGGCCGGGCACAGGUCCAAAGCCCCUGAGUUCCGUGGCAUCAACUCCAGCUCCAAUUGCAACCGUGUCCCAGAUGAGAGGAGAUACGCGCUGCCCUUGAAGAGCGUCUACAUGCGGCAGAUCGACCAGAUGGUCGGUCUCAUCUGACCGCGCUCGCCCUCGUCCAUUCCUGCCCGCUUCCUGUUCUCUUCUGCUUAAUAAAGUGCCCACUUUUUCUCAAGGAUCUAACUCGAGGUGAGCAAGCUCUCGGGAUCAGGGGCCCGUCGAGGCGGUUCCCAGUGUCCAAUGGGCUGCUCUCUGGACGCCUCGGGCAGCUGCGACCCUGCAGGUGUGGGGCUGAGGACAUCUCUCUGUUCACUGCCUCCUGCGCCUGGCAUUCCGUCCCCCUACAAGCUCGGGGCUCCCAGGGAAACCGUCCAUCUGCUUGUCUGUGCCUCGCCUACUCCCCCAUGCUGCAGACGCUGGCCUGUGAAGGCUAAGGAUGGUUACCCAGAGUGGACCGUCUCCUACAGUGCCCGAGCUUGGCAGGUAGACCUUUGGGACGGUCUUGUCCCGGCUUCGAACUUUGCUGAGCAACCUUGGGUGUCAGAACUAGGUGCCUUUUAGGGAAAGAGGAAAAACCUGACGGCCGCCUCGCCGUGGUGAGAAAGAACAAUAUGUCCUGUUUGUGUCUUGUGCUGGUAAGCCAGUCAGGGAAGAGCUGCCAGACUCGUGCCUUAGAGCGAGCGGGUGGUUGGGCCUCUGCCGGCUGGCACCACGUCGCCCCGAGACCGCACGUAGGGGCAGGCGAAAGGGGAGCUCUCAGGAAGAUUCUGGCAAUUUCGUGUGUUUUUGUGUUCUGUACCCAGGCGAGAAUGCUCGAUGAAUUUGCUCUGAGGGUGCCAGGGAGGCAGCUGUGGGCUGGGACCCCUGGCCGGCUUCAGGGAAACGGGCUCAGGCAAGGGGGCUCCUGUGGCUCCCUGCAUGCUUCCGACCAUGGGGAUAGACCUGAAUGCUGCCAGGCCAUGGAUUGCAUUCUCAGCCAAAUGCAGUCGCGUUCCGGGGGCUGGAGUAACCCGUGAGCAUCACUGGGUGUGGGACGCCCCCCGAAAGCCC